CCGCGCUUUAUAUUUGUAUCAGAACUUGUCCCUUGUCAGAUUUACAGUGUUUACUUAUCACGGUCAUUUAACCUUAACCCUAUCUACCAGAAGAUUACCUUCUUUUUUUAUAUAUUAUAAUAUUACUUGGAUCACUAGAUCACUUAUACAGAUCUUAUAUGCGACGGAAGAUUAUGAUUAUGAUUAUGUAGAUGAACCGUGUUAUAAUAUUUAACAGUUGAAUCCUGAUAGGAACAAGUAUCGUCAUUUACAGUUUUGCACAUUUAUGCCAGUCAUAGUUUUUGAGUAAGCAACUGGGUAGGGCACUUGGAACAAAGGAAGUUAUUAUUUCCUUUUCUCAGACCAUUUGUUGAUAGAGAAUUUUAAAAAGAAAAAUGCUGAAAAGGGAGUCCUUGUGGGUCUGAACAUUUGUAAGCUGUACAACCUAGGACAUAUUGCGUUGAGGCCUGUGAUAGUUACAAACACUUUGUAUAUGUUUGUCAUAAUGAGGAAUUUAUUUGUAAAUGCUGAAGAAGAGGCGAGCGGAUCGGUUAUCAGGAGCUCAUUUGAUCUGCUCAAAGUGCACACCCUGUCAUUGUGCUCUGCCUGCACUUGUGAACUACUGUCCACCGUGAUCAUCUCAAACGUCCCCUAAGGUUGCCAUCAUGAAGCAAGAAAAAACUCAGUGGAAACUCUUUCUGGAGACGCUCAGUGCUGCACAAUGGGAGUUCACCUUCGUCCUUCUAGGAGUGACUUGUUUAACCCUGGUGGUGUCGCUCAUGUUCACCUCUCUGUGGCCACUCUCGGCUCUCUACUUCGUGUGGCUCGUGAAGGACUGGCAUACUCCUGAAAGAGGGGGCAGAAGAACAGAGUUCGUGAGGAACUGGCGGAUAUGGGGACACCUCCGAGACUAUUUUCCCAUCAAGCUGGUGAAGACAGCCGAGCUGGACCCCAAGAAGAACUACAUCUUGGGCAUCCACCCGCACGGCAUCAUGUGUGCAGGAGGCUACACGUGUUUCAGCACCGAGAGCUGUGGUUUCGCCGAGGCCUUCCCCGGGAUGCGCUCCAGCCUGGCCGUGCUCGCCGGACUCUUCCGGAUACCGCUCUUUAGGGAGUACCUCAUGAGUGCAGGCCUGCUUUCAGUGAGCAGAGCGAGUCUGACUCAUGUGCUUUCCAAGAGCGGUAAAGGCAUCGCGCUGUCGAUAGUGAUAGGGGGCGCUGAAGAGUCCCUGUCCUCCUCUCCCGGGGUCAACACGGUGGUCAUGAGGCGUCGCAAAGGGUUCGUCAGGAUGGCGCUGGAGCACGGGGCCGACCUGGUGCCUGUGUACUCGUUUGGGGAGAACGAGUUGUUCCGCCAGGUGAUCUUCUCAGAGGGCAGCUUGGGCCGGAGGUUACAGGACCUCUUCAAAAGGCUGAUAGGGUUCGCCCCGUGUCUGUUCCUUGGGGACCGCUUUGGCCUGCUGCCCUACCGGACCCCCAUCACGUCUGUGGUGGGAGCUCCCAUCGCUGUGCCGAAGCUUCUGGUCCCUACAGAGGAAGAAGUGGACCACUACCACAACCUUUACAUGGAGUCGCUCUCCAAACUGUUCCACGAGCAUAAGGUCAGCUGCGGCCUCUCUGAAAGCCACGAGCUGCAGAUCAUUUAGAGGACUCGCAUUGGGUAAACCAGACAGACUUUCUCCACGCUGCCUCGACCAUGGGACUACUUCAAUGACAGCCCUGCUCUGAUCAAGUGAAGGAUUUACCCUGUAAAAAUAGAGGUCUCCAUAGGCGUCUGGUCUCUCGGUUCAGAACAGGCAUCAGAAAUCCUCUAUGCAACAAACUAGAUAUUUAAAAUAAUGCUGCAGCUCUGCACAUAUUGUCGAUGCCUUAUUUGUGUUGUAUUGUUUACGUGGUUCCAAUGCACUAUUCAUAUCUUCAAUGUGAAUAUAUGACAAUUCACAUGUGAUUUAAAAUAUGGGAACAGUGGCAAUAAAGUCUUAUAAUUUGACAAAUA